AUUCUUCGCACGCAGAUUAAAAAAAAGAAAAAAAGUGCCUUUCAUCUUUAAGCUCCUAUAUAUCCAUGUUCAAUAGCUACAAUAUAAAUAUUACUCCUAAUCUGUUACAGUAUUCACUUAGAACUCAACAGGAACAGGCUACCAUACGAGGUAAUCAUUCAGGAACAGAAAAAACAAACCUUUUGAAAACUAUAUUGACUUCAAGUAAGAGGAGAAAUAAAAAAAGCUAUUCCGUUACAUGCUUUCAGUAGGGGGCACCUAGCACUAACCUUGUUGCGAUAAAG